AUGCUGCGUUGGCCUAGGCUGACAGCGCGUGUCUUCGUUUUAUUUCUCCUUUGCUUCUCACUUUAUUUUAUAGGGCCCGUGGCUGCGGUGCUUUACUUGCGUGGUUUUUCCAGCUUGCGUCGCCGUGCCACUGUUCAGGAGCAGCAGCAGGAUGUUGGAGUGUCUGUCCACUGGAGGGUUUUCUUUGCUGCCUCUCGCAGGGAGCGGCUGCUGCGCGAGCUGCAGCAGCUGCAGCAGCUGCAGCAAACCCUCCAGCAGCAGCAGCAGCAGCAGCAGCAGCACUUCAGACUUAGGCCUCAUGCUGCGCUGCGCCAAAGGAUUCUGAAAGAACUUUUCGGCUGGGAGAUCAUUUGCUUAAAUGCAACAAAGGUUGCUGCGCUGCUGCAUCCUGCUGCGGAGCAGCUGCUGCUGCAGCGCGUUGCUGCUGCAGCACGGAAGGCGCCGCUGCCUUCCAUUCUCACAGCAGCAGGAGCAGCAGCAGCAGGAGCAGCAGCAGCAAGAGCAGCAGCAGCAAGAGCAGCAGCAGGAGCAGCAGCAGCAGGAGUAACUUGGGAAACAGCAAAGGAGCCGCAGCUGCUGCGUGCUGCUGCUGCUGCGCAGCUGCAGCAGGAACUUUUCAUUAUUUUUAACGAAUAA